AUGACACAACCUGACGAAAAGACAUCGCCGUCAUCACUGGGCUCGUCAACGUCGUUCUCGCCAAUCCAGGAUGCACAAAAGCCCGAAGAGUCACAGCGCUCGCAUUACCAGCGUCUGAAGACACCCACAUCGCAGAUACCAAGCGGCAGCAAUGUGGGCCAGACACAGCGCAGACACCUGUUCCCGCCGCUGUAUCCGUGCCACUUCAAAGAUGCAGCGUGCAGGCUUCAUGGGUGUCACUCGCCGCACGACUUGCCUGAGGGGCUAAACCAGGCGACGCAGUACGGCAUUCUGACAUCCGUAAUGGCCAUCCUGGUAGCCAUGUCGCCGACAUUUAUCGGCUUGCUGCGGCGCACGCCACUCGACAAUGUGUUUACGUUCGAGAAGCGCGUGCAUGCGCACAAGUUCAUUUCGUAUAUCCUGUUCUUGUGGACCAUUGCGCAUGUGUCGCUGCACUACUACACCGGAGUCGGAUAUGCUGAGGAGAUCCAUGCUGCGCGCUGGUUCGUCUUUUGGGGAGACCGCCUUGGAAUCACAGGCCAACUCAUGUGGAUGUUCUACUUGUUCCUAGGAAUCGCGGCGCUGCCUCCCGUGCGCCGCGCAUACUACGAGGCUUUCUAUUACCUGCACCACUUGUUCUUUGUGAACAUUGUCAUGCUGUAUCUGCACUCUGAGAACGGCAAGGCAGAAAAGUACGUGACUGGCCCUUUGGUCAUCUUCCUGGCCGACUACCUGUACCGCGCCCUACGCAGCUACCCGGUUAUCUGGAGCCGGCGCGCCCGCAUCCGCUAUGUGCGGCUGCAUCAAAGUGACGUUGUUGAGAUCGGAUUCGACCGCAAGGAGCUAUGGCAGCACACGCGCACCGGCCAGUAUGUCAAGAUCUGCGUUCCCGAGCUUGGCAUCUUCCAGUGGCACCCGUUCACAUUGACAGCGACCCCCAGCGAGUGCAAGGUGCUGGCUGAUGGCAAGUCGCACGAGCUCUGGCGCAUCCACUUCAAGGUCGUCGGCAACUGGACCAAGCAGUUUGCGCAGCGUUUGCAGAAGGUCACGGCGGGCGGUGACAUAUACAAUAACGCAUAUGACCAGGAGGCCCGCAUCGGCCGUGUUGUCAACGACGUGGUCGUGCCUGAGGUCAUGCCGAUUGACUGCGACGAGGAAGAUGCCGAGUACAUCAUGGCUAUUGCCAACCGCAUCGAUUCGGGCGAUUCGGGCGUCGCUGUGGCUGCCAAUGCCAGUGAUGCCCGCAUGCUUGGCGGAGAGCAGGUCGCAGUUGAGAUGGAGAGCGCCAUGCUCAGCACAGGGCAUGUGCGGCGUGAGGUUCUGGUGCCAAAGAAGAGCGCGUUUGACCCGAUGUCUCCGUCCAGCAGUAGUGACAGCGCGUUUGACCAGGCCUGGGGCGAAGCCACAUUCUCUGGCACCCAGGCACAGGCGCUUCUGCCGACCAUCCUGGUGGACGGGCCGUACAAUGCGCCGAUGGAGUCUUUCUUUGAGCAGAAGGCCAGCAUCAUCAUUGCAGCCGGAAUUGGUAUUACACCAAACCGCAUACCUGUACGCACCACGCAGACAACGCGCGAAGACCUGCUGCCGCAAUCAAUCUACCUUGUGUGGGUGUUCCGAGACAUCAGCAUGAUCAACAUCCUGAUGGACACGCUGAAGCGGCUGCGCGACCACCGGCGCGCACGUGACAUUGUCGUGCCAUGCCUCUACGUCACUGGCCAGGUUGGCUUCGGACUGCGAAAACACACGCUCCGAUGUGUUUGGCGCCCAAUGGUGCGUCUGAGCAACGGCAUCCGCUUGUCGUUAGGCAGACCGCCUCUCCGCCGCAUGAUCCCACACAUGGCAAGCAAACAUGAGAACAGCAGGAUUGGCGUGUUCUGCUGUGCAUCCAAGGAGCUGACAUCGCAAGUGCGCACCACCGUGCACGACACCAAUGCGGCCAUCUCGCACCUGGGGACCGACAUGGUGAUGCGUGCAGAGUGCUUCUCGAUGUAG